AUGCCGAGCGUGGCCCGCUCCCUGGCCACGGCCGCCGCUCGCUCGCCGUUGACCCAGGUGACUAUGCUCCCCAACGGCCUUACCGUCGCCACUGAGGCUACCCCUGGUGCCCAGACUGCCACGGUCGGCGCCUGGAUCGACGCCGGUUCGCGCUCGGAGACCUCGCGCUCCAACGGUACCGCGCACUUUUUGGAGCACAUGGCCUUCAAGGGCACUGGCAAGCGCUCGCAGCAGGAGCUUGAGCUCGAGGUGGAAAACAUUGGUGCUCACCUGAACGCUUACACUUCGCGUGAGCAGACGGUGUACUACGCCAAGGCCUUCAAGAACGAUGUUGGCAAGGCUGUGGACAUCAUCUCGGACAUCCUCCAGAACUCGAAGCUGGAGGCGAACGCCAUCGAGCGUGAGCGUGAUGUGAUCCUCCGCGAGCAGGAGGAGGUUGACAAGCUCCAGGAGGAGGUUGUCUUUGACCACCUGCACUCGGUUGCCUUCCAGGGCCAGGCUCUGGGCCGCACCAUCCUUGGCCCCAAGGAGAACAUCCUCUCGAUCAGCCGCGACGACCUGUCGAACUACAUCAAGUCGAAGUACACUGCCGACCGUGUUGUGCUGGUCGGUGCUGGUGGCGUGGACCACGACGAGCUCGUCAAGCUCGCCGAGCACCACUUCAGCGGUCUGCCCACCUCGGCCACCCCUAUCCCCCUGGGCCAGAACCAGUACACCCCCAGCGAGUUUGUCGGCUCGGAGGUGCGCGUGCGCGACGAUACCUCGUCGACUGUCAACGUGGCGAUCGCCGUGGAGGGUGCCAGCUGGAAGUCGCCUGACUAUUUCCCCAUGCUCGUGCUCCAGUCGGUCUUUGGUAACUGGGACCGUUCGCUCGGUGCCUCGCCGCUCCUGUCGAGCCGCCUGUCGCACGUCAUCUCGUCGAACAACCUGGCCAACUCGUUCAUGCACUUCAGCACCUCAUACUCCGACACCGGUCUCUGGGGUAUCUACAUGGUUUCGGAGAACCUGGUCAACCUCGAUGACAUGGUCCACUUCACCCUCAAGGAGUGGCAGCGUGCCUCGACCGGUCUCGGCUCCGCCGAGGUCGAGCGCGCCAAGGCGCAGCUCAAGGCCUCGCUUCUGCUUGGCCUCGACGGCACCACCGCCGUUGCCGAGGACAUUGGUCGCCAGCUCGUGACCACGGGCAAGCGCUUCACGCCCCAGGACAUCGAGGCCUCGAUCGACGCCGUGACUCCUGCUGAGCUCCAGCGCGUCGCCAAGAAGUACCUGUGGGACAAGGACUUUGCGCUCGCGGCCACUGGCCGCACCGAGGGUCUUCUGGACUACAACCGUAUCCGCGCUGACAUGUCCGGACUGAUGUACUAA